GACCACCUUCUACUUCUUAACAGAAAUUAUAUUAAUCUUCUUCUUCUUCAAAUAUAUAUCAUCAUCAUCUUCUUUUGUUAUAUAUAUAUAAAUGAAGAUUAAUAUAAUUAGUUGUCAUCAUAUAUCUAUAUAAUAGGUUUUCAUUUUUCUCUACCUCUAGCUGGUUAGGGUUAAAUUUUACUAAAUCAAUUUUCAUGCACCUUUCAUUAAAGCUUGUUGUUAUAUUGUUUUUCUAGUGCAAGGUAGCUAGUAUUUUGGGGGAGGAUAUCAUCAUAUCAAGAAUUAACAAGAAAAACAGUUGAUCAAGCUAUUGAUUUUAGAGAUUUGGAGGGUCCAGACUGAUCGAUCGAUCGAUCCAUCGAUAUUUAUAUAUAUCAUGUGUAGCAGAGGGCAUUGGAGGCCUCAUGAAGAUGAGAAACUGAAAGAGUUAGUUGCUAAAUAUGGACCUCAUAACUGGAACGCUAUUGCAGAAAACUUGCAAGGCAGAUCAGGGAAGAGUUGUAGGUUGAGAUGGUACAAUCAAUUGGAUCCAAGAAUCAACAGAAGCCCAUUCACAGAAGAGGAAGAAGAAAGACUUCUUUCCUCACAUAGAAUUCAUGGAAAUCGUUGGGCUAUGAUAGCUAGACUAUUUCCAGGUCGUACUGAUAAUGCUGUGAAAAAUCAUUGGCAUGUUAUUAUGUCCAGAAGAUGCAGAGAAAGAUCUAAGAUUUAUUCCAAUAGAGCUGCUGCUGCUGCUGCUGCUCAAAAAUCAACAGACCAACAAGACAAUAUUAAUAAUAUCCAAGAUAUGAUGAUCAGAAAAAGAAGUUCCAACAAUUUUAUUGACCAUCAACAGUUAUUAGAAAGAUAUAGUAAUUGUUACCAAUUCAGUAGCUAUGAUCACAAUUCCUUUUAUCCAACAGAGUUUCAUUUCAACCACCUACCUCGGCAUUUCAAGAUGGAUAAUCAAGAGAAGAAUGAAGAAGUGGAAUGCUAUGAUUUUUUACAAGUGAAUAAUACUGCAGGCUCAAACAAAAGUGAAGUGAUAGAUCAAGAAGUUGAACAGAAACGUGAUAUUUCUCCUCAAAGUAAAAAAGCUCCAGUGAGAUUUAUAGAUUUCCUAUCAGUUGGAGACUCGUCCUAAUUUCUUCAAUUUUUUGAAAGUUUCUUUUAAUCUAUGAAACAAAGAAGUCUCACUGAAAAAUUCAGUGAGGAAAAUAUUUAUUAUAUGUUGCACAAUUUAGGACCUCUAACUGCAAUCCUGUAAAAUUUUAAAGCUUAGCUUUUUGCAUGCAUAAGGGUGUAUGACAUGGAUAUUGAUAUGAAUAUGUCUAUUAUAAUUAUUAACAGUACUUAAUUUCUAAAGA